UCUAAAUACCACAAUAUGCCUGAGGAGGAGGACAACUCCUUGACCAUGCUUGACACCCCACCGAUGUUCGGAGGAGGGCACAACCGCCACCUUCCCCCUGGGAUUCUUCCCACGGGCAUGCCGCAGGUGCAGGACGUCAAGCCGGUCGCCCCCGAAGCUGAGAAGAAGGUCGAGGAGGAGAAACCCAAGCCACCCCGUGAGCUGUCAGAUGAAGAGAAGCAGAUGUUGAUGAUGACAGAGGAGUUCCACAGCUUCUUUGACCACUCGACUCGUAUAAUUGAGCGAGCCCUUGCAGAGGACACCAACAUCUUCGCAGAUUACUCGCAUGACCACGAAGAGGAUGGUGAAGCAAAUGAGAAUGGAGGUGUCAAGUUGUCCCUGAAUCGCUGGUUCUAUGAUGAACGAUGGUCACGCAAUCGCUGUAUCACUUGCAUGGACUGGUCUCCUCAGUAUCCUGAACUCCUUGUUACCAGCUACAACAACAAUGAGGACUCUCCUCAUGACCCCGAUGGUGUUGCCCUUGUGUGGAAUACCAAAUUUAAGAAAGAAACACCAGAGUAUAUCUUCCAUUGUCAGUCUCCAGUGAUGUCUGCAACAUUUGCAAGGUUCCAUCCCAAUUUGAUCAUUGGUGGAACUUAUUCUGGACAAAUUGUUCUCUGGGACAACCGUAGCCAAAAGAGAACUCCAGUCCAGCGCAGUCCCCUGUCUGCUUCAGCUCACACUCAUCCUGUGUACUGCAUGAAGGUGGUUGGCACCCAAAAUGCCCACAAUCUUAUCAGUGCAAGUACUGAUGGAAAGAUGUGUUCCUGGUCCUUGGACAUGCUAUCACAGCCUCAGGAAUCAAUGGAGCUCCAGCACAAGCAGUCACGUGCAGUAGCAGUCACAUCUUUAGCCUUCCCUCAUGGAGAUGUCAAUAACUUUAUUGUGGGCUCUGAAGAAGGAGCUGUAUUUACUGCUUGCCGCCACGGAAGUAAAGCCGGCAUAGUGGAUGCCUACGAGGGACACCAGGGCCCAGUGACAGGUGUGAGCACUCAUGCUACCCUGGGACCUAUUGACUUCUCACAUCUCUUCCUCACUUCAUCAAUUGACUGGACAGUCAAGCUUUGGUCUGUUAAGGAAACAAAGCCUCUAUACUCAUUUGAGGACAACGGCGACUAUGUAUAUGAUGUGGCUUGGUCACCCAUCCAUCCUGCGCUCUUCACGGCUGUGGACGGAUCAGGAAGGAUUGACCUCUGGAAUCUAAACCAGGACACAGAGGUUCCUACAGCAAGUACCUAUGUAGACGGUAACCCAGCUCUGAAUAGAGUGUCCUGGACUAACUCUGGUCAACAGAUCACAGUUGGUGACGAUAUGGGUAAAAUCUGGAUCUAUGACGUAGGAGAACAACUUGCACUUCCACGCGCGGAUGAAUGGGCUCGGUUGGUGCACACUAUGGGAGAGCUGAAGAACAACCAAGCAGAUGAUGACCAGUCCACGAGGCACUACGACUCCUCGUUCUCAUCUCUAACCUCAUUAGCGUCUUCCCCUCUUAGAUAAAUGGAGCGCAGCUUAAAUAUUCCUUAGGCUUUGAAAAGUGAUUGCAAAUAUUAUUAACUAUUUAUUAAUGUUGUUAAGUUUAGUUUCUGGCCUUCCAUGUGCAACUUGUCAAUUAGUACCUCCUUUGGCAUAAUGGUAUUAACAAUCAGUAUCUGAAUAUAACCGAUAUAAGGUGUAAUUUAAUCGUCAUGCAAAAGGGUAAAGUUUUGUGAUCUAAUAUAUUGUAGGAAAUUGAAAUCCCUCCCACUCAAUUUUCAUUUGCAAGAUGUAAAGUUAUUUUAAUUUUUUACUUGUCAUAUAUUGAGCGGCAACUAAUUUUGCUUAUUGCAGAUAUUAAGAUCUAUUGUCAUAGCUCCCAUGAAACCAAGAUAUGAUAUUAAUUAUAAAAGGUUUCAUAGUGAUAUUUGAAGUAUAGGAAAUCGUAUGUACAGCUUAUGUGAAAAUAAUAAAGUACUAUUGGUG